AUGGAGUCGGAGACGAGGAAGACUCCAUUGAUCGCGAGCCCAGUGCCGGGAAUCGGCGCCGGCGACAGGCUGAGCUCUUUGCCGGACGAAAUCAUCGCCCACAUUCUCUCUUUCCUGCAAACCAAGUACGCUGUCGGAACCGCUGUUCUGAGCCGGCGGUGGAAGAAUCUAUGGGCUAAGGUUUCCAGUCUCGAUCUCGACAGCAGCCUGGUUUACAGGCCUCUGGACAGGUACGUCAUCCUCCGUAGCUUGCCGAUGGAUGAACAGCUGAAAUAUCGGUAUGGUAAGGUCCCGUCGCCGGAUCCAGUUGCAGAGAUUCUUGGGAGGAGAGAUUUGGAGUUCUGCCGCUUCGUGGACAGGGUGCUGAGCCAGCACAAGAAUCUCGAUUCUCUGAGGCGUUUCCGUUUCCACUUCUCGACGGUGUCGCAUAAAAGAAAUCAGGCCUCGCCCGAUUCUUGGUUUGAGAGGGAAUUGGUGUUUGGUCCACUCCUCGAAGAGAUUGAUGUCUCGAUAUCGGGGGAGACAGAUCUCGGAAUUCCACAAUGUUUGCGUUGCAUUCCAGAGAGCUUCUAUACUUUGAAGAAUCUGAAAGUUGCCAAGCUUGGGGGCGUUGUACUAGGUGCAGUAAAAGAGUCCUUUUUUCUUCCCAGUGUCAAGGUUUUACAGCUUGCUUGGGUGGAGAUUCAGGACUUUAAGUCAUUAGGCAGGCUCAUUUCUGGUUUCCCUGCUCUAGAGACUGCUCAUCUGGAGUUUUGCUUCCCCUGUAACAGGAAUGAGAAUGAUAUUCUCGAAAUUUCCUUACCAUGCUUGAAGAACUUGAAGAUUUACGAUGAUCCUGAUGAUUAUGAUGGUACGGCGUGCGCUAUUGUACUCGAAGCACCCAAGCUUGAAGAUCUUCAUUUUGAUGUAACUACAGAUUUAGAUAUGGGCGGUAGCCCAUUUCCUUGCCUCCAUUCAGCAUAUGUUGAUAUUGGGAAUUGUGAGAUGUCGUAUCAUUCCUCGAUGGGAGUUCUCAGUCGAAUCUCCUAUGCAAAGGAAAUUACCUAUGGGGAGAAUCUGGUAAUCACUUCAUCCACCCACCCCCACCCCACCAUUGUUGAUAAGGAGCGCGCUAAUUUCGUGAAAUCUUUGUUUCAGGAACAUAUAUUAGCUAUCAAGGAUGAUCUAUUGCCCGACUUUCCCGGCUUGACACAUUUGACGACGUUAACUAGGUGCAGAAAAUGGGUUCUGCACUCCUUGCUCAACUCAGCCACCAAAUUACAAUCUCUUGUAAUUGGGGAGGUGAGCUCCAUGUUCAUUUGUUAA